GUCGGUGUCUCAGUGAGCAGAUCUCAGCCUGACGUGAAGCUCCGCUGCUUUUCUCUCUCUGGUCUGACGUUUCCGGUCACACUCUCACAGUUUGGACAUUUCUGGAUUCCUUUUUGAUUUUUUUUAUCUUCAGGGACUCAACCAGAGGAUUUUUGUUCUCAUUUAUUUUUAACUGAUUGAUUUUCCGUCUGAUCCUCUUGGGGUGAUUCAGCUCAGCUUUCUCUCUGAGGUGGGUUUUUUUAUUUUUGCGUGCCGCCGUCCUUGUCUGAAUGCCCCAGGAUUACCCACAGGCUGCAGUUCCCCAUCCGGCCUGCAGGGCGGCAGCAGAGAGAGACGGCCGGCUGGACAGGAGGAGCGUCGGCAUGAGCGACUUCUGGCACAAGAUGGGCUGCUGCGUGGUGGCCAAACCCCCGCCGAAGAAGAAGAGGAGAAAGAUCGACCGCAGCAUGAUCGGAGAGCCGACCAACUUCAUCCACCUCACGCACAUCGGCUCUGGAGAGAUGGCCGAGGGUCUGCAGCCGUCGGGGUCGGUUCAGGAACAGAUGAGGUCUAAAGGGCCAAACAUGAAUGGCAGGAACAGCCUCUUAUAGCUGGAGAAAAUGAAACUGAUGUAAACCAGCUGAACAACCCUCUCAUCUCUCUUCGCUGACCCUCACCGUCCUCAUGACACUUUCAUUGGAGGUUUUGUCUCUUGAAGUGUCCUCGGCAAAGACCUGAACCCUUACCGCAUGUGCUCCAGUAUUUUCCAGACAUUUCUACAAGUUAAAACGAGUCCUGAUGGGGAACCCUGCUGAGCUUUUUUGGUUGUCUUCUACAUCUCAGGUCCAAAAUAAGAGAAAACUACAACUCCCAGCAUUCCUUUGAUAUCACAGACCUAUUUUUAUUUUUAAAAAUGCUUGAAAAAAAUUGGAUUAUUAGAAAAAAAAUGCCCAUAAUAUCUUCUUAACCUCAGAACUGAGGGGCAGACAUGAAGACAUCCUCUCAUACAGACAUGAUGAUCACUGGACUCCAUUUCCCAGAAUCCCUCUCCAUUCAGGGUCUGCGAUCAAUGACAGAAUGUUUGUAUUUAACGAAAAACAACUGGAAAGUAAUGUCUUCUGCUUUGAAUAGUUGCUUUAAAACCUUUUGAUAAAAGACUACAUUUCCCAGCAUUCAUAGAGACGUUUUCGUUCAAACUCACAGUACAGAAGAGGCUGUGUGUUAUACAAUCCCUCGCUGGUGGAAAAUUCCCAUCCCAGCUGUUGUGGAUUAUCUCCUCGGUGGACUACAUUUCCCAGGAUUCUUCACUUUAUCAGCUGUUUACUUUAAGGAUUAUUGUAAUUAUUUUAUUGUGUGUUUCUAUGCCUCCUAAUCCCGCUUGUGCAGCUUCAGUGAUGACAUCAUCAGACUUCAUUUCCCAGGAUGCUUCGCUCUGAAUGAUGGCAGACUCUUGUUUUAGGAGGUGGAAAACCCCCUGAACAUGUGUGGGUGACGUCGUCUGGUCUAAAUAUUCCACCGCUGAUUUCUCAGAGGAGACUGAACAUGAAGCUCAUUUUUACCCCCCUCUUCUUCAUUUUCCCUCGCACAGAUUUCACAGUCGUCUUUGACUACCUAACCUGUGGGUCGGGGCCUAAAACUGGCCAGAAAAGGAUUGAUUUAAGGUCUCCAGAUAGACUGAAAUGAACUUUUAGAUUAAGACUUUAUCAGGAUUUAUUAUUAUGAACAUUUCAUGAUGAAAAGAAAUCACGUACUGAGUGUUUGACUGCUUUAUAUUCGGAGUAUUUGAACUUUAUUGAGUGGACUUAAUUGUAAUUUUCUGCUGUUUUGGGUGAUUUGCUGUGUGAUUUCUUCUGUUGUGUCUAGUUUGACGUACUGUGUUGCUUCUAAACAAACAUGAUUCAAAGAGGGCCGCCAUGAGCUGGUCACUAACUCUACUUUCAUUUCAGUUCAUUUGUUAAAGAUGUCUGAUUCCAUGUUUGCACCAAAAUGAUCCACUGGAAAUUGAAUUUCUUAAGAUUGCAUUUUCAUAAAAGUUCAGUGUUGAAACAACAACACUCUUAUAAAAACUGCUGUGCACUUAGGUGGUUAAAAAUGACAACAAAAGCUCCAUUACACAUGCCAGACCAAAGAUUAGCACUUUGACUUUGUAAUGAAACAAAUGCAUGAGCACGCAGCUCUCUUCUGCAGAAGGAUGAGAUGCAAAUACACAAAGAACAAAUGAUGGUGUGAUUGGACAAUAACGUUGGGUUGCUUACACCAGUGGUUCCUGGCUUUGUCUGCACUGAGGUUAUCAAAUUAGAUUUACAUAACUCAAAGUACCGCACAUACUGGAUGGUUCAUAAAAAAGUCUUUGGUAAGAACAAGUUUGUGUAGGCCUGAUUUAUUCAAAACAGUCUGGCCGCAGACCGUUCAUCUUUGGCAGACACUCACAGACCAAUCAUUUGAGGCGCUGUGUGUCUCUGAAAAAUACGCUAAAACAUUCAAAAUAAAAUCUGAUUUAAAUUGCUUAAAGGGUGGGAAAGGGUUAAGGUAUCGGUUAGGAUGCCAAAACUUCAAAAUCAAAAACCUGACCUGCAAAACCUGAUUAAAAAAGGUUUAAUAAAGCCAAGUAAAUAGUUUGGUCUCCAUGAAAACAUUCUAAUGAAGCAAGCCUAGCCUUGGUAGCUUAGUUAGCUGUGUAAGCUAUGUAGAUAAUGUAGCUAUAUUGCUAACAUAGCUAAACUCACAAAGCACCUGUGUAAAUUACAUGGACUAAUAUCAACUUAUCUACUUGAGCUUUUAGCUACGUUUGCUCAAGCUCACAUUUUUAAAGCUAUCUUAGCAAUAGAUAAGGGAGCUAUGAAGCUAACACAGCUAAAGCUAAGCUUACAAAGAAGAUAUGCAAGCUACGUAGAUACAUUAUCAGCUUUGCUGCAUGAGCUUUAACUACAUUUGCUUAAGCUCACGUUACUAAAGCUAACUUAGGUAUAGAUAACGGAGCCAUAGAGCUAACAUAGUUAAAGCUUAGCUUACAAAGCAGCUACGUAAACUACAUAGACCAGUAAUCAACCUAGCUACAUGAGCUUAAGCAAAUAUAAUUAAAGCCCACGUUGCUAAAGCUUACUUAGUUAUAGAUAACAGAGCUAUGAAGCUCACAUAGCUAAAGCUAAGAAAACAAAGCAGCUAUGUAAGCUACACAGAUAUGUUAUCAACGUAGCUACAUGAGCUUUAACAAAUGUAGCUAAAGUGCACGUUGCUAAAGCUACAUUUGUUAUAGAUAACAGAACUAUGAAGCUCAUAAAGCCAUAGCUAAGCACACAAAGCAGUUAGAAAACUAUACAGAUAUAUUAUCAAUGUAGCUACAUAAGCUUUAGGAAAUGUAGCUAAAGCUAAUGUAGCUAAUUUGACAACAUAUUUGUGCAGCAUGCAUAGCUGCUUUGUGAGUUUAGCUUUAGCUACAUUAGUAAUGUAGCUACAUUAUCUAUAUAGCUAACGCAGUUAACUAGGCUACCAAGGCUAGGCUUGCUUCAUUAGAAUGUUUUCAUGGAGACCAAACUAUUUACUUUGCUUUAUUAAACCUUUUGUAACUCUGAUUCUGGGAGUGUUUGCUGGAUGGUGUUGCCACUUUUAAGCCGCUUUUCUCUCUCAGUGUGUGAAAUUCCUCCAUGAAGCAGAGGUCAUCAGAGGCAGAAUAAAGGAGGAGCUGGGGUGGAGGAAGGUUGCAAAAAGUGGAUCAGAGGUGUGUGGAGUGUGAUAGUCCCUUGUUACAAGUCAUGUACGGUGUUCAGAGGAUCUGUAUCGUCAAUUUAAAAAGAUAUCAACUGGGAGUGAGCAGCAGUAGUUCACCUUCUCAUCCGCUUUAAUACACGUGUGCAAACGUCUCUGUUUUCAGAGGAACUGUGCAACGCCAGUUUACAUGACGAAGACAGAGACGAUGCUGUUAAUAAAGUUUACAUUCCCAGGCAGCCAAAACACCAUUUUCAUAUAAACUAAAGGUUUCUGUUUUCAGCUGUAAUGAAGAGUAAACGUCCGUAAACUCACAGUCAGGACGUCCUAAAAAACACAAAUCAUUAAAGUGAAGAUUUAAAAAAAAAAAAAAACUUUUAAAAAAUCCCUGCCAUUUAAAACAAACUUCAAUCAAGGUUUUGAUUAAAGUUUAGAAUUUAAUUCUAUGGAAGCCCUAAGCAGACAAAAGUAUAUUUAAGUUAUAUUUUCUGGAGGUCACCGGUAAACUAAAGCAGUUCCCACUCAUGAUGUUGGGAUAACACAGAUUAUUCCAGUUAACUUUGGUUGUUUACUUUAGAUCUGAACUUAUUUAUCUCAUGUAAGGAUAUAAACCCUGGCUUUAACUUAGCUUUGCUUGGCGUUAUUCUUCUGGCGCCUUUCAUUCAUAAAAUAUGAAACCCAAAAUGCUUCUCAAAGAACCAAGAGAUGGAAAAUAUGAGAAAAAAUACAUUUAGAGACAAAAUUAUUUUUAAACAGUUGAUAGAUAAAUAACUAUCUAGUAAGAUAAUAAGAAAAUAAAAAAUAACUAACAAAAAGUGAAAGCAAGAAAAAUAAACAGCAGAGAUAAAGAACAGUUUGAAAAGUAGCAAGGCUGCUCACUUAUCUUAAUAAAAAUGUGUUUAGUUGACUUUAAUAUUUUAAUUUCUGAUCUCAAGACAACAAAAGAAAGAAUAAAGUUAUCGAAAGAAAGCCAACAUUUUUAUCCUGAUUAGACAAAUAACCAAAAUCUACCUGACCCCUCAGGGCUUCCAUAGAAUGCACUCACCAUUAAAGUAUAACUGCAGUCUAUUUUAAAAUCCACAUCAAACUAUCCUUAUCACAAAGAUGCAUCUCCUUGUAUCACACUAAAUAUUUCAGACCUUCUUCAUAAUUAAAGGCUAAAAAUCCCAUAAUCCAUUCUGAAUUUAUUUGUCUUUUAUGCUUCAAGUACAGAGGAGAUUUGAUCCACUUGAGAAAAUAAAAGUCCUGUUUUUACAAGUUUACUACGGGGUUAUCAUGGAAUAAAAAAAGAAGCUAACAGAUCAAAACUGCUGCUUUUCUGAAGCUUUUCUUAAUGCAGAAAAAGGAAGUUUUUAUUUUCAUAAGUGGCUGCAAUAACCCUCUGUAUUUAGACGGUUUUUACCAAACUUCUACAGGAACUGCACAUCUGACAAAGACUGACCUGAACAUGAUUGUAUCUCCUCCUCGGUAAAGUUUGGACAUGUUUGUGUUUGAUUUUGUAAUUAAAGUAUGAAAUUAAAGAAAGUAUUGAUGAAAUAUCAGGAUCAGUUGAUUGAUUUUUUGCACAUCUCUAAUAACUGAUACGAUUACAGCAUGAUCACUUAAUUAGGUACACCUGAGCAAAUAUCUAAUCAGCCAAUCACGUGGCAGAAAGACUCACUUUCUCAGUGGUUCUGGUUCUGGACAUAAAGUUUUCCAUUUAAAUCCCCCAAAGACGUUCUGCAAAAUCCUUUAACAA